GUAGGGAGAAGCUGAAGAUAAGCUAUUGGCUUCCCGGAACAGAGGAGACUCCUCGGUGGUCUAAUGGCAACUCCGACUGUUCGGCUCAUCUCAGAAUGCUUUAUCAAACCAAAGUUCACUUCAGAAGAGACCAAGGAGCCCUGUUACCUGACACCAUGGGACCUUGCCAUGCUCUCCGUCAAUUAUAUCCAAAAGGGCCUUCUCUUUAGCAAACCACCUGAUGUGGAUGAUCCACAAAACUUCAUGGCAACUCUCUUGGACAGGCUCAAGGAUUCCCUCGCUCUCACACUCGACCAUUUCUACCCACUUGCAGGCCGCCUUGCAACAAAGAAGGAGGACAGUCCACCCUCUUAUGUGGUCUUUGUAGAUUGUAACAACAGUCCCGGAGCGAAAUUCAUCCACGCAGCUGCAGACAUGACAAUAUCUGAUAUCCUUUCACCAAUUUAUGUACCCCAAGUUAUCCAAUCAUUCUUUGAUCAUGAUAGGGUGAUUAACCACGAUGGUCACACCUUGUCUUUGCUAUCAAUUCAAGUCACAGAGCUUGUGGACGGCAUCUUCAUUGGAUGUUCCAUAAAUCACAGCAUGGUUGAUGGAACCUCUUUCUGGCAUUUCUUCAAUGCAUGGUCUGAGGUAUUCACUGCACAGGAGAAGAAUAGUUCCAUAACACUGUCACGCCCACCCAUCCUCAAGCGCUGGUUUCCUGAUGGCUAUGGUCCAAUUAUCAACCUUCCUUUCACUCACCAUGAUGAGUUCAUCAGCAGAUUUGAAGCACCCGUACUCAGAGAGAGAAUUUUCCACUUCUCAUCAGAAUCAAUAGCAAAGCUCAAAGCAAAGGCAAAUGCACAGUGCAACAGCAACAAAAUCUCCUCUUUCCAGGCAUUGUCCGCACUUGUCUGGAGGUCCAUAACACGAGCGCGCUGUUUCCCACAUGAGCAGGUAACCAGUUGCAGGCUGGCCACCGGUAACAGAACAAGAUUGGACCCGCCCUUGCCGGAGAACUACUUUGGGAACUCAAUUCAAACGGUGAGAGGCAUUGCCACUGCUGGUGAACUGCUUGAACAUGAUCUUGGGUGGGCAGCCUGGCUCUUGCACCAGGCUGUGGUCGGUCACACUGACAAAGCUGUGCGUGGCUGGCUUGAGUCAUGGUUUCAAUCCCACUUCAUUUAUCAGUUAGGCCUGUUUUUUGACCCCAAUAGCGUAAUGAUGGGGAGCUCGCCCAGAUUUAACAAGUAUGGAAUUGAGUUUGGAUUAGGGAAAGGAUUGGCAGUUCGGAGCGGUUACGCACACAAGUUCGAUGGGAAAGUGUCAUGUUACCCGGGACGUGAAGGAGGAGGAAGCAUAGAUUUGGAGGUGUGCCUACCGCCAAACUCGAUGAGUGCUCUUGAAUCCAACCAGGAGUUCAUGGAGGCUGUCUCUUUGUCCCCUUAGGUACUUCAGUUUUCACAUAUGCAAUCUGCAUAAACUAAUGAUGUAAACUUCAUUAGUCUCUGUUUUUCUGUUUCUUCCUUGAAUAAGCACUUGUCUAUGUACGGACGUCCUUCAUAUAUUGCAAAUUCAGAUAAUAUGAUGUGAUAUCGAGGCAAAGUAAUUAUAAA